GAAAAGUAAAAGUCAAGGAAUCAAACUUGGCUCUUAUAUUAAGCAAUGAAAUGCAUAAUCGGUAUGAUGAUUAUUUUAUGGUAGAACUGACAGUAGUUAGAGAAGAAAAAGAAGAAAUUAAAAAAUUUCUAGAAGUUUCUUGUGAAGUAGAAGGACAAAAGUUAAAAGUACUAGUUAGCCAUAUCUAUGCGGCUAACAAAAUAUCUUUUGCUAAUCGUCGCGAACAUAGAAGAUUAUGUUUAGGAAAAGUAGACGAACUAGUUAAUGAAAAAAAGUUUAGUCGGGGCAAAAAACGAACUACCCCUCCUGGUAUCCACGUUGCGAAAAGAAAAAGAAAAUCCACUUACGCUUUCCAAAACCGGGAAAAACAAAAAAUCCGUUUUCUCUAUGGUCUGAAAGAGAGACAAUUAUACAAUUUAUUUGCUAAAUUAAAAAAUGCUCCCGGCAAUAUUGGUUUAGUUUCUACUCGUCGUUGGUCUCGCCAGUUAGUCAGCCAAGGACAUUUUUUAGUCAAUGGUAAAAAAGUAAAAGCUCCGAACUGCCAAGUAGAACCAAACCAAAUUAUUAGUUUCCGCAAAGAAAAAAUGGCGGAAAAUAAACUUAUUAAGGCUAGUUUAGAACAAAAUAUCAAAACUCCGGCUUAUCUGGCUUUGGAUAAACAGAAAUUAACCAUUACUUAUUUACGUUAUCCGGCGGCUGAGGAAUUAAACAAAAGUAUUGACACUUCCUUAGUAGUAGAGUGA